UGAAACAAAGUGCGCUCACCGCGCAUUUUUCCUUGACAGCUAGGAGGCGGUAAGCGAGGGAUGUGAGUCUCGACAAAUGUCAGAGAGCUGCCUCCGUCUUACCACUCUUCGACUGCACGAGGAUGGAUUGGAGAAACGAGGAAUCGGAUCAAUCGAGCGGUACAUCGAAGUAGAGAGAUGCUCGUUGCAAACCUCCUUGUAACAUACAACGUCCGCUUUCUCUUUCCGGACAGUCGAGAACCUGAAGUGGGAUGAGAACGAUCAUCCCGCGGCCAGGACGAAGGAUGCUGUCGCUGCCGCAGUUCUGGACCAUAACGUUUGCUCCCAAGGAGUUCAGGUUGGAAUUGGAACUUACAAGGAUAUUGAGAAUUUCACAUCCGCUUUGGAGAGUCUGGAGCUUGAGACGACGAAUCACCCAGGCUUUAGAACAAAUUACAUGCAGACGGAUUACUUCAAUGAUUCCGAGCAGGAGGAAACUAUUCCAGUUUUUAAGACAAGAGAAAAAUCUACUUUUCAAUUGGUAGUUCAGGGACCAGAAAUCUUGAUUUUCCAGGCUCGUAGGAAAGGAUUGAGAAAAGGAUUUAUCCUGCAGGGUACCAGACAUUCCCCUGCGGAUAUCGCACCGUAUUGGAAGAAGGAUUCUCGAAUGUGGCUGUGGAAAUCGGUCCGACUCGCGAGGAAACUGAAAAGUAUUAAAACAAAGGCUGCUCCUGCAAGCACUUUGUAUCGCAAGGAUCUUUCGUAGCGCAUACUUUUAUUUAACUUUAUUUACAUAUUUUCGAAUCA